AUGUCCAUAAAUUAUAUUCAUAUAAAAGUUCCUAGACACAUUUUUUCUGCUCAUGAUUGUCAUCAUGCAAAACAAUUUCUACAUAAAUUAUUAUGUAACUUGAACCAAAUAGAAGCCGAGGAUGUUCUGCUUUUGCUUUUCAACAUUUCACAAUCAGCAAACAACAUGAAACGAAUAAAACUUUAA